UGUUGGAAUUGGGUGGGUUUAAAAGUGAUUGUUAGUAAACACGUAGGAAGAACUCUGACAAUCUCGAGGCGAGAACUGAAAGCAAGAAGAUAAGCAGGACAAUCUCUGGGUUCCUCGGUGAGCUCCUCACAGACUGCGCUAGCAAAAACCCCUGCGAACAGUCAGCUAAUGCUGGUGAAGCUAUAACUGUACCCGCGCUGGCACAGACUUAGCCGAUUUUAGCCAAGCAGUGCAGUACAGGCGCCUCUGUGUGUGUGUGUGUGUGUGUGUGUGUGUGUGAUUUUUCAGAGAUUUUACACCAUGAAGGUUGAGACACAGUCACGUGAUUUGGGUUGGAACUGACCCAGCACACGUACUCAGAUGUGUGUGAAAGCCCAGGUGAGCACACGAGCGCGCAUGCGCGGUCACGUGUAAUCAGUUUCUUUUGCGUCUUGUGUUUAUCUUCUCAACCUGGUGAGAUGAUGAUGACAAACUGAACACGUCCUCACUGAAGCUCCAGGGGUCUCAUUCUAUUAUCGUCGCUCCCAUUACCAUGGGCACUACGCUGAGUGAACCCUGUAUCUACGACAAGCUCUCAGAGAGCAUCCACAUCCUGCGUCAUUCCGGAUACAGGUACGGCAUGUCCGAGAGGGAGAUUGAGAAGUUCAUCAAGCAGGUCCUGGAGACCAACGAACCUCGCAGAGAACCUACACAGUUCCCCGUCCUGAGGACCAUUGCCAAGGUGGUUGUUGUAAUGUGUGUGCUGCUGGGCUUGGCGUUUGUGUACGCUCAGUGUUUACCUGCGUCCGGCUCGGGCAGUGCAGUGGAGCAGUACAACUGGUCAUCACCUCUGAGUCACAUCCGCCUGCUGUCCCUCCCCAUCGCCAAGAAGUACAAACUGCACCGUUUCCAUGCAUGGUGGAGUGUGCGUCACGCACUGCGAAACUGUUCUGGAUGUUCCAGUGUUUUUACGGUGUCCACAUUGUUAAACACAGUGUCUUUACAAACACACACACAGCCUGUGUUAGUUAAGGGUGGAGCUUCUCUGUGUUUGAGGAAGGAGCAGUUGAAGAUGCUGCACUCAUCACACUCUGGCUUGCUCACCAUCCUGAAGGAUGAAGUGAUAUCAGAAGUUUUCCCUCAGAGCUCAGCCAACUUCAGCCUUCUCUGGAGGGUCGACUCAAGGUUCAGAGAGGAAAUGUUUCAUUCACUCUUCCCUAAUGCACGUCUCGGCCCCCUACUGCAGAGUGUAGGGAGUACAAUCCAGCGCUGCAGAAUCACACACACAAGCAGCUCUCAGAGCCGGGGACAGUGUGUUGUAGGUUGGCUGUUGGUUGGUGACGGCUUUCCGACUGUGCAUGUGUUUCCGCAUCAGCGCUGUCAAACACACUGCAGCUCCUUUAACUGGUGCCUGGAACCAGGAGAUCUGGUGUAUGCAGAUCCACAGUUCUGGCAGCUGGAGAUGUUCCCUGGUCGAGGAGAGAAUGUGGUGUGUGACGGCUCCGGGCGUGUCUGAUUCCAGCGUGCUUCCUUCAGCGCUUCAUGUGUGUAGUAAAGUGCAGUUCUGCCUCUAUUGUGUUCAGUAAACACUGCUGGCAGAGUCUCUGCUCUCGGGGCAGACAGGACUGUGUGUGUCUCCCCGUCUGUCUCCACGGCCAGACGUGUCCACCGAGUCUCAACUUCUUCAAGGUGUGUCUCAGUUUGUGAUCAGACACCGUGCUCAGGUUCUCUGCCACGCUGUAGUGUCUGUUCAGGGACACACAACACUCCAUUUUACUCUGGAGAUGCUUUCAGUUUUCCAGUAGCUUAGAUACUUCACUCUCAGGGGUCGUGUCAUUUGGUUCAUUCUAAUUGGGUUUGUGGGUUUCCUCCGAUCCUGAGUCACUGUUGUGAGUGUGUGAUGGUGGUCUUCCUGUGAUACGAGCAGAUCACGCAUCCCUGUACUGGCUGUGGUCUUUCCAGGAGCCAGAGGGACAGGUGGCUCAGUGGAUAGAACGCUUGCAGGAGUUUCAAUUUACCAUUCAGCAUUGGAAGGGGAAAAGGCAUCAGAAUGCACACGGGUUUCUGGGCCAGUAUUAAUGGGGCUGUGGUCCAUGUGAGAUGGCAUUACAUUGAAUAAGGGAGUGUUGUAGAAGGGAUUUUUGGAACUUGCAACUGGUGUAACCAAGUGGCAGACAGUAGUGCCUUAGUCAUGUCAUCACUUGGUCUUGGAGGCAAUACAUGGGCAGCCGGGGGUUGGUCAUUUUGGAGUGAAUAAAACAUUAAAAAGGGUGCGGCAGGUGUUCCAGUAGAACACGCAGCAUGAUACAUGAUAGCAUGAUAGCAACAUGAUACACUGCUAAAAAAGAGCCACGGGGUCAGUCCCAACAGCAGUUGGUCGGCUGUCCCAUGGACUGUGUGGCAGUGGAUGAAUUGGGGGCAUUUCCACAGACCCCCAGAGGAAAUCGGUUCGCGGUGGUGGAUUAUUUUACAAAAUGGACAAAGGCCUACGCAGGUCCAAAUCAGGAGGCAUUUUAUUUUGGUUAGACUAAGGCACGCCUGUGCAAUAAUUAUGCUGUCUAAUCAGCAUCUUGAUCUGCCACACCGGUGAGGUGGAUGGAUUAUCUCACAAAUCAGAAGUGCUCACUAACAAAGACUUAGACAGAUUUGUGAACAAUAUUUCAGAGAAAUAUGCCUUUUGACCCAGAAAGUCCACAACUCAACCCUUCGUAUGAAAGGAAAUUCAUUGAUUGAACCGGACAACCUGAUUCAGACCUUCUAGCUUCUUUUUGGACUAAUCUAUUUGCUGCAAUUGAACUAUACAAAGUGUAAGAAAAACCCUUUUCAUUUUGUCCAGUAGGGAUACCUUUAUCUUGGACAGGUUGAUUUUCUUCUAUUUUAAAGGUGUUGGAAAAAAGCAGUGGCCAAUUUUGUUGUCAAUUUGUUUCCCCACUUGCUUGUAUGAUGUAAGAGUAAAGGGAUUUAGAUGAGAAGAAGAGGACCAGGGGAAACCUGUUGGAACACAACCAAACACACAUCAGUAUUUUUGUUUUCAUUUUCAUGCUUCAGCACUGACUGAAUGUUUCAGAUUAAUGUAAAUGUAUAUACUGUAUGAAUGUGGGUGUUAGAAUUUGUAUAAGGUGAUUGUUAAGAAAAACUGCAGCUAUUCAAAUAUUCAGUGAAUAUUAAAUGUAAUUCUGAUA